GACGCAUGCGCCGAAGAGAAAAAGGACUCCCGCCCCCUCUCAGUCGGCUGCUGCUUUGCUUCGCGUCUUCUGUAGCGACGAGAGCAGCGGUGGCCAUGAGCGGAUUCGGCGCCGGGGCGUCCUCGCUUCAGAAAGGCGGCGGCGAAACGCUGGAAAAGAUAGACAUGUCUCUGGACGAUAUAAUUAAAUUGAACAAGAGAGAAGAGAGGAAACACAAUUUCCCGAAGAUGAAGAGAGGCCUUCACCAGAACGGGACUCGGCAGUUCAGGAUGAGGAGAAUGAAGUGGGGAAUUCAAGAAUAUCCAGGCUUUGGCAAGAACCACUUAGGACGUCGGAAGCAGGUGGCAGGGAAGAGGCGUGCCUACGGCAUCAAGACGGGCUUGGCGGCGAGGAAAGCCAUGGGGGCUCACAAAGGCAUCAGCCCCCUCAACAGGUCACCCCUCAGUGAGAAGAACCUGCAACGGAAUUACUCCGUUUUGAAAAGGAAGACGCCCGCCCAGAGACAAUCCGAAUUACAGAGGAAGCAAGGAGCCCGCCUCCGGAGACCCGCCUUGCUAAACCGAAGGCCGAGCAUCCAGUCUCUGUCUGCCAGAAUUGGGAAUAAGUUAUACCAGCAGAAAGAUAUGCGCCAAGCGACUUUCUUCUUUCGCCGGGGCCUGAAGGUACAAGCACAAGUCCAUCCGGAGGAUGACCUCAGAAGCCAGGGAACCAAACGGACUCGCCCAUGGCGAACGUCUACCAGAAACGGAGGGAUUUUGACCAUCUCCAUCGACAAUCCUGGUGCUGUCCUCUCUCCGAUCUCCUUGAAGCCGAGACUCGCCAGCAACCUCAUCCCCCCGUUUCUCUUGAAGAAGGAGCAGUCGGAAGAGAAGAAGAUCCCCAAAGGCGUCCCUCUGCAGUUCGACAUCAACAGCGUCGGGAAGCAGACCAGCAUGACCCUCAAUGAACGCUUUGGGAUCCUGAAGGAACAAAGGACAGCUCUAGCUCAAAACAAGGGCAGCCGUUUUGUGACAGUGGCCUAGAAGAGGCCCUGCCCAACGGGCCCCCCUCCUUCGAAGGCGCUGGAGAGACUGUGGUCCAGAGAUCGUGGGAGAUGUUGGACUUUGUGGGUCAAGAUCCCGAAGGAGCUGAAUCCUCCUCCCCCUUCAUUUACUCCCCUUAACUUUAUACCGGGGCGUCCAACCGUGACCGCUUUUAAAAACACGUGGACUUCACUUCCCAGAAAGUCCCCAGCCCAGCCACGGGAGUUGAAGCCCACCGCUCUUAAAAGUGACCAAGAUUGGACACCCCACCCCCCCCCCUUGCUUGGAAUAGUUAGAGACCAGACAACCCAACCCUCUCGUAUCCCCAUAGAAGAAGGAAACGCAGCAGGCUUUGGUGAAUGGAAUCCCUUUGCCUGGAGGCGGGCAGGUCCAACUAACCCCUGCAAGAAGGGGGAGAUCAUAAUUUGCUUUUUGUUGUUGUUGUUGUGGUUGUUUUUGAAGAUGCCGGUAGGUGUUGACGCUCCACCCCAGUGCUGCCAAGAUGAAAGAGUUAUACAGUU